ACUAGGUAUUGUCUUUAGUGUAACCAGUUUAAGGGAAAUAUCUAUACCGAAUUGAGGCUUUAACACACUACACAAGUCAAGGUGUGUCCGUUAAAGCAUACUGCACACAAGCAAAAAAAUACCCUUUGGCUCAUCCUGUUCCUUAUCGCCUAAAAAAAGCAUGAAUAAAUCCUCUGAUAUCAACUACAAUGCUGAUAUGCCGAAGAAUAUGAUCAGCGACGCCCGUGCGCUUCUUAUAGAGGCCUUUGAAACCUACUCCGUAGAGAAUGCUGUAGCAACACAUAUCAAACGCGAAUUUACCAAAAAAUACAAGGGUGUUUGGCACUGUAUCGUUGGCAAAAACUUUGGAUCUUAUGUUACACAUGAGGUGAAAGGAUACAUUUACAUGACAUGGGGGCCUAUGUCUGUUCUUUUAUGGAAAUCCGUUACGUGACGAUUUCCUUAUCCAUUCUUUUGGAUUCAGACUGAUAUGAGAUCAACUGAUAAAUACGUACCGCACCUUUUCAGCGGAAUUUGUAAAAUACGACCUUUUCAUUCAUGUUUUCCCUUCAGGCGUGUGGAGUUAUGUGCCCCCUUCUACAGAAGUCGGGCACUGUUGAUAGUGUGAUGUAUCAUAUAACUUUUGUUUAAAGGGAUAAAAACGCUCCUUUGUGACACACUUUGAUGUCGUGUGUUUCUGAGAAAACA